UAGAAGCGCAAGUACUUACAGCAGGCUGAGUUCUUUUGAUACAAGUUUUGACUCACUUCUGGUGGACCCAGCUGACAUUAGUCUUGGCCACUCUCCUAACCGACCUACCCAUCGCCGUUACCAUAGCAGUGGAUCUUUCAAGUUUCUUCCCCCUCCUGAUAAGAUAGAGUCUCCUCCUCGUGGUGUAGUACCAACUAAAAAAGCUGAAGCAAGCAGAAAAAUGGCUGGUAAUACAACGCUUGGGGAGAACUAUGCAUUUGGAGGAAUGUACCACAUCUUUGAUCAGCAUGCUAAAGCUGUAACUGCAAUCAAGUUUGCCCAUGAUGAUAAAUACAGACUGGCUUGUAGUUCUAAUGAUGCCACACUGUCUGUGUGUCUUUUGAUGCCGACACCUCCAUCAGUGUUGUGUACUCUACGUGGACACUUGGCAGAAGUGACAGAUUUUGACUGGUCUGUUACCAAUUCGUUCAUAUUAUCAUCAUCSCUGGACAGUACAUGUCGAAUAUGGAACCCWYUGUCAGGRAAAUGCUUACGUGUCGUUGCUGACAGUCAAUCGUGUGGGGUUACAGCUUGUAGAUUUCAACCUUGCAACAACAACAUGUUUCUUACAGGAAAUCACAAAGGACACAUAAAUGUAUUUAACACUUCAACUGGGAAAAACUUUAAGGGUGGUACAGGGAAAGUGUCUUCAGGUGUUUAUUGCAUGGAAUUUGAGUCAUCUGGUAUGGUCUUGUGGGUUGGUGACGAAAAGGGUUGCAUCUACUCGUUUUGCUUUGACAUUUCAUCAGGAAGACUUCAAAAGUCAAAAAGAAUAAACGUUUCAGAAGGCAAUCCUGUGACGUCCAUUGUAUAUCGUAGUUGGAUAAGUCGCGAGGCAAGAGAUCCAAUGGUUCUUGUUAAUGCAUGCAAUGAUAACCUGUGCUUAUAUAGUGUCACAGACAAUGUAGGAGAUCUCAGGCUCAAGGCAAGGUUCCCUAUCUCACAAAAGUCUCAAAACAUUCGAAGUUCGUUCUGUCCUCUGAUGUCAUUUAGGCAGGGCGCCUGUGUAGUGACCGGAAGUGAAGAUAUGGCGGUCUAUUUCUUCGACGUCCAGCGUGACGACAAACCGUGUGUUAACAAACUCAUGGGACACUCGUCUCCAGUGCUCGACGUUUGCUGGAAUUAUGACGAAAGCUUAUUGGCCUCUUGUGACAUGGAGGUGAGRCUUUGUAGGUCACGUGAAUGAUUUAUUGUCUUUGAUUGGUCGAGGUAGAUACUGCAGAUACGAGUCAGUAAMGGAAAAGAAAUGUCAAAUUCUUCCUUUUGUUUUUGUUUCAGGGMACCGUGAUYGUUUGGAAACGAGAGCAACAUAAAUAUAAUAUKUAGAAAUGCGAGUUGUAUUGAGAAAGAAUUCAAGAAAAAAUUUCCCACUAUUCGCGAGAGUGAACUUACGGAGCCGAAGAUCGCCCGAUAUUUCCCGAACGUGCUAAACAAUAUUACAUAUACAUGUGAAUGGCUUACUCAAUAUCACCAAAGAUUCUACUUAAAAAAAUAAUAAGGAAAAUGUUACAUCUUCAAUGUUAACUAAUAAAUCACAAAAAAGUUU